AUGGGGGUCUUAGUGAUCUUAGCUAUCAGGCUUGCUGAGAAAGAUCUUGGAUCUUGGGAUGGGGCAUGCAACUUGGACCAGGGGGUUGAUGCAGCAGGUGUAAAUGUUGAAACCGUUCUGGGCUGGAUUAUUUGCAAGGCCCUGAACAAUGUAAACGUUGCAAGUCUCAUCUGCAAUGUAGGAGUUGGUGGACCUGCCCCGGCAGCUAUUGGUGCUGCCCCUGCUGGAGAUGCUGCUCCUGCUAGCACAGCUGCCCCAGCUGAGGAGAAGAAGAAAGAGGAAGCAAAAAAAGAAGUGUCCGAGGAGUCUGAUGGUGACAUGGGCUUUGGUCUGUUUGACUAA